CCAUGUCUGAUAUCCUCGGACCUCAAGAACAACCUAGCAGUCCCGUCCACUGGAAAGUUUCUGGAGACUUCGAGGCUGCAAGCCUCUCUUUCUUUGAUUAUGACGAGGCCAGCCGUCCAACACUAGUAGGGAAGGUGAAUUUCACAGGACCUGAGGUAUCUUAGUAGAGUCGAGCGAUGCUCACGAUGAGGUCGAUUAUUCUCUUGGUCUGCCAGAUCUACCAAACCCUCCAUGCCCUGGGACAAGUGGGACGAGAUUUUGAUCCUGACGAUCACCCUGCCGCCUUCUUUCUGCAAAUGUAUUUUGGUGCAUGGCAGCCUUUCUACAUAUAUAACAGCGGAUGGCGGUCUCCUGAGCAGGGAAGCAAACACGUUUCGUUGCAGUUUCAUCUCCGACUGCUUUCUCGGGACGGAUUACCGCCGGUAUACCUUCCAACAAUGGCACAAGGUGGGAUCAGCUCCAGCUGUAUCUAUUUCAAUCGCUUCGAGGGGAGCAUACCUUCGCCUUUGGGGGGGAAGAAGUUCGAGUUGACGGAGGCUCGUCUUGCGGUGUUGCUCAAUACCACCCUCUCUAACCGUCCCUUGUAUGCGAUCACUUUACUGGACGACUUCCGGAUUUGCACCUAUGUAGACGAAUCGGAUGCGCUCGCGAAGAUAAAGAGCCUAGGCUUCAAGGUCCCAGGUGCUCAAACCGGUAUCGCCAUGUUUCUCGCAAUGCUGCAUAUAGCACACUUCUAUUGGGCAAUGGAGUGGGGGUUAUUCCUCGAUGCGAUGGACACGAUGUUGGAUUUUGGGAUACACAGCGCGCUGAAUCCCGAGGAUCGACGCAAACUAAUGUUCGACAGGUCCUUGACCAUGGCUGAGUCGUACUUCGCUGUUCUGCAGACCCUGCGUGUUUGUAAAGUCUGGAUCCAGGAGGUCCCCAAAAAUCUAGCGGAUCUGAAAAUCCAGUAUACGGGAACCAUUACCGCCUUCUUCCCGACGGAGUUUCCAGAAGGUGAGCACGCAGGCGACAUAGACGCAUUCUGGGAAAAGGACAUCGAGGAUGCCAAAACUGCUGCUGAACCGCUUCUUGCAAGAGUGACACAAAUGGAGGAGGAUGUCAAAAGCCUAAGGGAUGGUUUAAUGAGCACAACUCAACUUCUCGAAGCCACAAGGGCUUCCACUCUCAAUCAAUACAUUCUUGUAUUUACCUUUGCCACUAUAUUUUAUCUACCCUUGGGCUUUGUUGCGGCAAUCUUCGGCAUGCAUCUCUUCGACCACGAAGAUGCGUCCCGAAACCAGCGCUCUUUCUACAUCACCACCGCCUUAAUGGCGGUUGUAACCUACGCAUUCGCCGCUUUAGCAAUAGUUGGGAUCCGGCAUCACGACCGAUCACAGCAGACCAAACCAUCUUGGUCCAACUCUGUCCGUUUAUUCGUCGGUGGACUUUGGAAACUGUUCCGACCUCAACAGAAAUAUGUGUCCUUGGAUGCGACUACACUAAUGCCUGGUGGCGACUCCAGUAGUGAGCCAGGCGCCAAGUCCACGACUGAUAUGGCCUGAUUGUUACUUCCAGAACUUGAAAGUUAGACAUUCUUCCCCGAAUCUCAGGCCUGUAAAUCAGGUGGUCCGAUUAUAUUCUUCAUAGCGGGGCCGUUUCACAUGCAUCAUCGAUUUUGUUGG